AUGGACCUGCUGCAGCUACAUUAUGAAGAAAACUCUACCAUCGUCCCUAAGAAAGUGACCUCUGCUCCUCCCACUGCUCCUCCCACUGCUCCUACCACUGCUCCUCCCAGGCCUGAUGAUUUCUGCACCUUUAAGCCACUGUCUUUGGCAGAUGCUGAGGAGGAACGCCUGUUAUUAGAUUCCAUUGCUUGGCCUGAAUCUCCACGUCCGCCACCUUUUUUUUUAUUAAACCAGACAAGUGAUCCCGCCCACAGCACCUUCACCAUUCUCCCAGGGAGGGGUGGAGUAGAGCGGCACAUAGGAGACCAGCUGGAAGUUAUGAUACAAAUGUACGACUUCCAAGGAAACCCCAAGAAGUCUGGAGGAGAUGUCUUACUUGCCCGGUUGCACAACAGGGCACUUGAAGCAGGUGUGGCCGGGCGAGUGGUGGAUCACCUUAAUGGCUCCUACUCUGCUGUAUUCCCUUUACUCUGGGAAGGAAGUGCACAGGUUGAGGUAACGCUUGUCCACUCAAGCGAGGCUGUCACAGUUCUGCACAGGCUGAAUAGAGAACAUCCUGAAAGGGUUCUCUUUAAAAGCCUCUUCCGCUCAGGUUCAAUCUCUGAAACUGCCUCCUGUAAUGUUUGCCUACGUCAAACCAACCAGCCACAGUGCAACUACACUGACCUCCGUAUAGGCGAGCCUUGGUUCUGCUACAAGCCAAAGAAACUGAGCUGUGAUGACAGGAUUAACCACAUGAGAGCCGGAUUCAAUGUAAGACUCAAGGACAAAGAGGAGAAGCUUUUCCAAAGCAAAAUCAACCUGAAAGUCUUCAUUCACUCUUCAGGACCAGCCAAUGUUACUGUGCUGCCUCCAAGGAAAGGGCAACCUGAGGUCGAUCAAGGCAGUGGGAAGUCUGGACUCUCUGGGUAUUACUUCCAUGGUGUGUGGCGAUCACUUGGUGGCACCAAAGUCCACCAAUUCAACAACUCCUCUGCCAUCAGUCAGUGUCUGAAAGGAAAGGCGGUCCACAUGUAUGGAGACUCCACCCUUAGGCAGUGGUUUGAGUACCUUGAUGCUUCACUUCCAGAUGCUAAUGAGAUUAACCGGAAUAGUCCGAAGAAAACUGGACCUUACAUGAUAUGGGACAAUGCAAAAAACAUCUUGGUAACAUACCGUGUCCAUGGUCCUCCUCUUAGUUUUAUCUACGUCCCAACCAGUGAGCUGCGUUACAUUUCCAAUGAAAUUGACGGGUUGGUAGGUGGCACCAACACAGUUGUAGUUUUUAGCAUCUGGGCCCACUUCAGCCCUUUCCCAAUUGAGCUCUACAUCAGACGGCUUCAGAGCAUCCGCAGGGCGGUGAUUCGUCUGUUGAACAGGGCUCCAGACACGCUGGUGGUCAUCAGGACUGCAAACCUCAGAGGUUUAACACCUUCUGUAUCGUUAAACUACAGUGACUGGUACACACUACAGCUGGACAAGGUGCUAAGAGCUGUGUUCAAAGGACUUAAUGUUCGACUAGUGGACGCUUGGGAGAUGACUCUGGCCCACCACCUGCCUCACAACAUUCACCCAGGCCGUCCUAUUGUUAAGAAUAUGAUUGACAUUAUCUUGUCCUACAUAUGCACCAAAUAGGGCUAAUAGAUGUGCAUUUGUUAUGAGCAGGUUAAAGACCUCACUCUUUUUUACAUUGUGUUACAGUAUAGCAGGUAAACUCUGUGUUAUCUGCAAAGACCCAAUAGUAAUCCAUCACAGCACUUAGCAACAUUUAGCGAAGUUACAGUGGCAAGGAAAAACUGUCUUUUUACAAACCGAAACCUUGAGCAAAACCAGAUUCAUGUUUAACAGCCAACUGCUGAAACAGUGUUGGGCUUGAAAGUAUGUGUUUUAUUAGCAGUAACAGUUAGGCAUGAUAAUAGACUGAUCAGUCUAAUAUUAACGUUAGUAACAGUAUGAUGAAACAGUUAGGACUGCUUAUGUUUGAUCAUGUGUAUGUUUUUAUCAGACCUCCGAAGGA